AUGACUCCUCUGCUGCUUUCCUUCUGUCUGACCCCGGCAUUGUGUAGUUCACCUUCACCGUGCUCUACGUUUUCUUCUCAGGCUGAGGGACGGAGACUAGGACUGGUUGGUUGGGUCAAAAAUACUAGCCAUGGCACUGUGCAAGGACAACUUCAGGGUCCAACGGCCAACGUACGGAAACUCCAGGAAUGGCUGAGAAAGACAGGAAGCCCCCAGUCCUGCAUCAGCCGAGCGGAGUUCCGCAACGAGAAGAAGAUUGAUGCGCUGGAGCACAAGGAUUUUGUGAUUUUGAAGUAGCUUUGUCCAGAGAGCACCAAGAUUUGAAGCAUGAGCCACCCUCACAGAAUAGUUUCUUCUUCUCCAUUUGUUAUCAGCUAAUAUUCAACCACAGAGAAUUUUAUUUUAUUACUCUUCUAAUUUAUUGGUUUGUUACACUGUUUGUCUAAUUUUAUCUAACUCUCGACCAUUCAUGAUAUUUUGACAGGCAGACUGAAGAGUUGUAUUUAUUAAAGGGGCUGUUUAGAAGCACAACCUCUUCUGAAUGUAUGUGCACAAUGAGUUUGAGUAGUUGUACAUGGGUAAAAUAAUUUGUGCAGUGUUCUGCUCACUUCAGGGAAGUUGUAGAAGUGAUACCAAUAUUAAAUAUUGCUAAAAGGAUAUUUUGCAUCAUUUUUUGUGAUCUGAAUGUCUCAGAAACAGUUAAUUUUGUUCUCUACCUGGUAAGAAAUUUAUUUAUUUUUUCUUUCAAAUAAAAGGGCUUGGAACUUG